CCACCCCCGACGGAGCCACAGGCACAGCUGAGUCAGCGACCCGCCGACGGCCUGCUGAGCGCCGGACAGCGCCGCCUUCGCCGAUGCUGGGUGCUGAGUGCCCGAAGCCCUGCAAGGGGAAAUGGCCAACGCCGCCCUUCGACCCGCGCUUCCCCAACCAGAACCAGACCCGCAACUGCUACCAAAACUUCCUGGACUACCAUCGCUGCAUCAAGACCAUGAACCGCCGAGGGAAGAGCACACAGCCCUGCGAGUACUACUUCCGCGUGUACCACUCACUGUGUCCCAUCAGCUGGGUGCAGCGCUGGAAAGAGCAGAUCAAGGACGGGACUUUCGCUGGGAAAAUCUAACGGUCUGAGCGCGGCUUCUCCUCCUAAGAAUUAGCCCCAGUGACAUUCCCCACCCCGUCUUCUCGUCUCCCGGAAAAUGGGCCCCACUGCCCCAAACCUCACCCUCCUCCGCCCCGUCUUUAAGCCUCAAAUAAAGCGGUGUUACUGCUGGUA